AUGGAUCUGACAAAGGUACCACGAAAGGUCUGGGAGCAUCCUGAUCCUAAAAGCACAGCAAUGUGGGCUUUUAUGCAGGAUGCAAACAGGAUUCAUGGUCUCAAUCUCAAGACCUUUAAUGACUUAUACGACUGGUCCUGCUCUAAGCGCAGCGAUUUCUACGCCCAGCUCUGGGCCUCGCAGAAAUGGAUCCACGAAGGAUCAUACUCAUACGUUGUCGAUGAGUCAAUUCCAAUCACCAAACUUCCUACGUGGUUCCCUGGUAUCCGCCUCAACUACGCCGAGAACCUUCUCUGGACACAAGGAAACGCACCGGGUGAGCGUUCAACUCUUCACAAAGAGGACGACACCGUUGCAAUCACAGAAGUCCGCGAGGGCAAUUCGUCUGUAAAGAAUGUUACUUGGGGAGAGCUCCGUCAGAGAGUGGCUAGGACAGCAAGUGCGUUGAAGCAGAGAGGCAUGAAGAAGGGAGAUCGAGUUGUUAUAGUCGGGGCGCAUGCUGUUGAGACAUGUGUCGUGUUUCUGGCUACGACUUGGCUUGGAGGUUUGUUCAGUAGCAGUUCGACUGAUAUGGGCGUUGGAGGUCUUCUGCAAAGAACAGUCCAGAUCGAUCCCAAGUUUGUUUUCUUCGAUGAUGGCGCUCUGUACAACGGCAAAGUCAUUGAUCUUCGCGACAAGAUCAAGGGCGUGGUUGAAGGAAUGAAGGAGUGUCCUUCUUUCAAAGGAGUGAUUGUCGUCCAACGCUUUGACACUGCUCAAGAUACUUCCAAUAUUUCGAAUACACAGCGUCUUGAAGCCUUCCUCUCCUCAGCAUCUUCAACACCACCACCUAUCGAGAGAGUCGACUUCCAGGAUCCAAUGGUAGUUUACUAUUCUUCUGGGACUACUGGAACACCCAAGGCCAUCGUUCACGGUGUCGGUCCUAUUCUUGUUUCCGUCGCCAAAGAGGGUGUUCUUCAUCGCGAACUCACACACAAAGAUGUGGCGCUUCAGUACACGACGACAGGUUGGAUAAUGUACCUUGCCAGCGUCACGAGACUUGCCUUUGGCGGGAGAACUGUGUUUUACGAUGGUUCACCAUUUGUACCAGAUCGAUCUGUCUUGUUGAGAAUCGUGGAAGAGCAGAGAGUCACGAAUUUGGGUAUCUCGCCAAGGUGGCUGGGUGAACUCAUGAAAGAGGGCAUUGUUCCGCAGAAGGAAGCCGAUCUGAGCAGUCUGACGGCUGUUUUGAGCACGGGGAUGGUAUUGAAGGAACAGGUCUUUGAAUGGUUUUACGAUGGGGCUUUUCCUAACCACAUCAAACUCGCCAACUUUUCAGGCGGUACAGAUAUCGCCGCCUGCUUCGUCAUGGAGAAUCCUCUAUGUCCUAUCUACGCUGGCGGCUGUCCUGGAAGAGUCAUUGGCACUCCUAUGGCCAUAUACCCAUCCUCGGCUGAUCUAACAAAACCAAUCUCCCCAGUCCCAGACGGUGAACCAGGAGAUUUAGUAGGAACAGCGGCUUUCCCAAACGUACCUCUCUAUCUGUGGAACGACACGAGUCCCGCUCCAGGCAAAAAGUACACUUCAGCCUACUUUGACCGAUUCCCUGGUGUGUGGUCACAAGGCGAUUUUGCAGCCGUCCAUCCAAAGACUGGGCAUAUCCAUAUCCUCGGUCGCUCUGAUGGUGUUUUGAAUCCGAGCGGUAUUCGCUUUGGAAGUGCGGAUAUCUAUGCUGUGCUUGAGGGCGGGUUUGCUAAGGAGGUCGCCGAGAGUCUUUGCGUGGGCCAGAGACGACCUCAGGAUCAUGAUGAGAGCGUUGUUUUGUUCUUGCUGAUGAAGCCUGGCGUCAAGUUUACAGCUGAACUUGCAAACAACAUCCGAGAGAGGAUUGCUAAAGAGUUGACCAAGAGACAUGUGCCCAAAUACAUCUUUGAGGUACCUGAUAUACCGACGACUGUAAAUGGUAAAAAGGUCGAGUUGCCUGUCAAACAAAUCAUUUCUGGAAGUAACAUCAAGCCAAGCGGGACAUUGUUGAAUCCUGAGAGUCUGGACUAUUACUAUCAGUUUCAAAAGAUCGAGGAGGUUGAGCAAGUUCGAGCAAAGUUGUAG